AUGGAUGCUCACUCAAUCAUCGGCGCCGGCUCCGCCUCCCUGAGCCCGACCUCGCCCGUCAGUGCCCGCAAUGCUCCCAUCAUCAAGCGGAAGAGGAGCACCGGCGGCCUGGACAGCAGUCCGGGCAGCGCCGCCGGCGCCGACGAGGAUCAAUCCAUGCUCGAGCCCGAGAAGAAGAGGCAGCCCGGCGUGAAACGUGCCUGCAACGAGUGUCGCCAGCAAAAGUUGCGGUGCGAUGUGGUACAAGACCCCUUCCAGAGCUGCUCCCGGUGUAACCGCCUGAAGCUCGAUUGCAAGAUCGAGUCCAAUUUCAAGCGCAUAGGCAAGAGAUCCAAACAUGCCGAGAUGGAAAAGGAAAUCGAUCGCCUGCGCCGCAACAUAUCGCAGGCCAGGGCCCAGGGGUACAUCGUAGACGAGGAGCCAGAGGACCACCACCACUCUCAGCUUCAGUCUCCUGUUGCCAACAGUGCUUAUUCGCACACGCGCAACCCCUCUCUAAUGGGGUCCGACGAGGCUGUCACUUCUCUGCUCACUCUCAAGAGGGGCGGCUCCUACAGCAUGGCCACUCACUAUGCUUAUGAGUUGGAAGGCGUCCGGCUGACCGAGCAGGACGUCGUCGGGCUCUUUCAAGAAUUCUUCGCAUACUACCACCCAUUCCUGCCUUUCCUAAACCCCGACCAGUCGCCUGAUCUCUAUUUCCAGCAACAUGCCUUGCUAUUUUGGACCAUCAUCGCAAUUGCAUCGCGACGUUACACAGCCAGGCCCACCAUCCUUCACGAUCUUUCCAGUGGACCAUUGCAUCGGCUCCUCUGGGGCACCGUCGGGGAUGUCCCCAACAGUUACUUCGUUGUCAAGGCCCUGUGUCUGAUCUGCACGUGGCCUUUACCUACCAGUACCACGACGGCUGAUCCGACCCAUAUCCUCUGCGGCGUCAUGAUGAAGGCUGCCACCGGCAUCGGCCUGCACCGCCCCAGCCACACGCAGGACUUCUCCCGCGUCUCCGUCGAGCUGAAUAAGGAUCAACUCCACGACCGCGUCACAACUUGGGCCGUCUGUAACAUUGUUGCCCAGCACGUCGGCUCAGGCUACGGCCAGCCAGCGUCGAGUCUUUAUGACUGGACCCUUGCCAUUCGCCCUGGUGAGGAUGGACCUUUCACCCUAAGCCCCGAACUGGAAGCCAGACUUCGAAUCGAGCGCUUCUGUGACAAGGUCUCCAAGGAGAUGUACAGCAAUGCCAGCGAUCCCAGAGGUGUGGCGGGUGACGAGCAUCGAGCGAUGCUGAUGCGCGUCUACCGCCGAGAUUACCAGGAACUACAGGCUUCCAUCAUGUCGCAGCACUUGUCGCCAAUCGUGGAGGUACAUCUCAAAGCCGCAGCCGUACAUCUGCGCCUAGCUGGAUUCUUCGAUUCGAGUACCACUCCCGGCUACGUAGACGAUCUGAUGGGACUCUGGCGAGCGGUGACAAGCUUCUUGGACCUGCUGUUCGAAGACAGCAACCACCACAUCCUGCGCUUCUCCACCAAUUAUCUGCAGCAGAUGCUCGUGGCGGCUGGCUUCGCGCUACUGAAGCUGAUGAGAUCCUUCUUCGCCAAGUCCGUGGGAGACUUUGAUCGCGGCCGGACACUGUUCCACAAGACCAUUAAUGCAAUCCGCGCUACGAGCGUCCAGGAUAACGAUCUCCAGUGGCGGCUGGCCGAGCUCAUCGUGCAGAUGUGGAACGGCGCAAGAAUUGACCAUUCCAACACCUCGUACCGAGACGGCGACAAGAUUGAGGUCGAUGAUAGUUUGCAGCUGAAGGUGCGCUGCCGGCAUAGCAUGAGUCUCGUGUAUGAUUCCAUCUGGCGAUGGAGAGAGGAAUACCAAGCCCAAGGGCGAGGUACACUUGACGCUAACGAGUCUUCAGCAUCAUCUACACACCUGGACAGCACGCUCAUGCCUCCUCAAAACAACAUGCCCAACCUGAUUGCUGCCAAUGGCGCCCUGACACCUACUGCUAACAACGGCAUGAGUGCCGCCCCCAGUAGUAUGAUUGCAGGCAUGGGCUACGGGGGAGACCCCAACUAUGAUUUCUUUGACCCGCAACAUUGGAUGCUGGACGGGUUGCUUGAUUUCAACUACUCUUAUCCGCAACCCCUGGAAGGCAUGUAG